AUGACGCUUCUCGCGGGACAUCCCACCGCGGCGGCGCGGCCGCGGCGCGCGGCGUCUUCCUUCCGCGACGCGUCGCGCCGCGCGCGCGUCUCCGCGUCCGCGACGCGUCGCCCCGCGUCGUCGUCGUCGUCUUCGUCCAGAUGCCGCGGCCGCGUCAGCAGCAGCAGCGCCGAUCGCGAUCCCUCGCGACGCGACGUCGCGGCGGCCCCGACCGACGCGACCGCCGCCGUCCUCGCGACGACGACGAAGACGAAGACGACGACGGCGUUCGCCGUCGCCGUCGCGUUCGCCGUCGCCGUCGCGUCGCCGCCCGCCGCGCUCGCCGCGGGGAAGCAGCCCAUCGACUGGCUCUUCGAGGAGACGAUCGGCGGCGUCGGCGCGCUCUCGUCCGAGGUCAAGGCUGCGCUGUCGGAGAGCGGCGGCGGCGGCGGCGAAGGCGGCGCCCUCCUCAAGGCGGCGCCCGCGCCCGGCGUCGCGAGAGAAGAAGAGCGCGCGGGCGACGACGCGGAGGCUGCCGCGCCCGCGGGGGAGGGCGCGUUCACGGCGUCCACCGCGAUCAAGUUUGGCAAGCUCGGCGCCAUCUUAGUCUUCGCGGACGUCGUCACCUUCGCGAUCAUGGGACGGAGCGUCCUCGGCAUCAUGGACGACGGCGGCGAGGAGGGAUGGAAGGAGAGAGUCGCGGAUGAGAUUCUGGAGAAGCAGAGGGAGAAGGACGCGGCCGCCGCGAGGGAGGAGGAGAACGCGGGGGAGGGCGGCGGCGGCGGCGGCGGCGAGGCGUGA